UUUUUUUUAUAAAAUUGAGAAAAUAGUGGAAUAAAAGGAAACGACAAUUGGCGAUGGAGGUAUGUCCGUGGUGUCUGUCUGAUACAAAAGAACUUUCAAUCUACUGGCACUGUUAUUAUUGUAAGUGUGUUUUCCGUUGAGCUUUGGACUCUUUCGUUUUUUUGAAGGACGAUAAAAAUCAGACGUUGAGGUUGACAAGUGUGGGGUGACUGAGAUAUUUAAGAUUUCUCUGCUGGCGGCUCUUUUAUCGGAGAGCGACACUGGGAAAGGGGAAUGGAGUGCAAUAAGGAUGAGGCCACUAGAGCCAGAGAGCUUGCUGAGAAGAAAUUCACUGCAAAGGAUAUUAAGGGGGCAAAGAAAUUCGCUUUGAAAGCCCAGAAUUUGUAUCCUGAUCUUGAGGGUAUUCCCCAAAUGAUAGCCACUCUAGAUGUUUAUAUUUCGGCGGAGAACAAAAUCAAUGGGGAAGCUGAUUGGUAUGGUAUACUCGGUGUGAAUCCACUAGCUGAUGAUGAAGCAAUGAGGAAACAAUAUAGAAAGCUGGCUCUAAUGCUGCACCCCGACAAAAACAAGUCUAUAGGAGCUGAAGGGGCAUUUAAACUUAUUUCAGAGGCUUGGAGUUCGUUGUCUGAUAAGGCUAGGAGAGUAGCAUAUGACAAGAGGAGGGGUGGGAAAGUAACUCAAACAGGUCCAGCACCUUGUGGGAAUUCAAAGACUUCAAAAGCGGCAAAUGGUUUUUACAAUGCCACCAAAACAAACACUUCAAGUGUGAAAACUUCCAAGAGUAGUAACCCUCAUGGAGGUCGGUCUUCAACCCCUUCUGGUCGGUCGUCAAAUACCGCUGGUCAAUCGUCAAACCCUGCAUCUUUCCAUAAGGCAAAACCAAAUACCUUCUGGACUAUCUGUCAUCGAUGCAAGAUGCAUUAUGAGUAUCUGAGAGUGUAUCUUAAUCAUAACCUUUUGUGCCCCAACUGCCAUGAGCCUUUUUUGGCUGUAGAAACUGCUCCCCCAACUACAUCUACUCCGGCCCCUUGGACAUUCUCACAGCAGCGGCAGAAUUCAAAUAGUCAAGCGGGUAACAAAAACUCAAGUAAUAUGGGAAGAAACCAUUCCUCCUCUUAUAAUGCUGCGGGAUUCACUACUCACGAUUCAUCUGAUCAAAGCAACUUCCAAUGGGGUCCUUUUUCUAGGACCGGUGGUACUUCAACUGCAGCUCAAGCUGCAAGUGUGGUUCAGCAGGCAUAUGAGAAAGUGAGGAGAGAGCGGGAGGAAGCACAGGCAGCAAUCAAAAGGGAAGAGGCCAUGCGGAAAAGGCAUCAUGGCACCAAAAGGGCAGGCAGUGCUUCAAGUGGAUAUACUAAUGCUGCAAAGAGAAGGAGAGGCAUGGAAGAUGGUAGUGCUGGUGCUCAUGGAACUAAUAUUAGCAAUCAAAUGCGUGUAGGAAAUGGUGGUCCAGCUAAUAUAUCAGGUUCUAAGCUAGGCAGUUUAGAAACGGGGAUUAAUGGAACCAAUAAGUACAAGAAUACAAGAUAUAUGUCCCAGGUAGAAACUCAAAGUAUGUUGAGAUAUAAGGCUAAGAGAGAAAUUCAAAAGAAACUGAAUGAAUGGAAUUCAUCUCCGGCAGAUAAGACUACAACCAAAGAUGUUAGAGGCAAUGAAAAUGCUAAUGAGAAACAGACCAAAUCUUUGGUAAACAAUGAUGCAUGGAAUCAGAAAAAGGGUGAAGGGUUUGUUGAUGAAAUCAAUGGGGAUCUUUUUCUCAAGCCCUUUCCUGGCAGAUCUGGUGUUGGUUUAGAUGCAGAAACCUUAGAAGCAAUGUCCAUAAAUGUCCCGGAUCCAGAUUUUAAUGAUUUUGACAAGGAUCGAACCGAAAGAUCUUUUGAAGAUAACCAGGUAUGGGCUGCAUAUGAUGACGAUGAUGGGAUGCCUCGAUAUUAUGCUAUGAUCCAUAGUGUUAUUUCUCAAGAUCCAUUCAAGAUUAGGAUCAGCUGGCUUAGUUCAAAAACUAACAGUGAAUUCAGUCCACUUGACUGGGUAGGUUCUGGUUUCUCAAAAACAUGUGGGGAGUUUAGAAUAGGUAAGCAUGAGAUUAACAGCUCACUUAAUUCUUUUUCACACAAAGUUAGAUGGACUAAGGGGAUGCGUGGAGUCAUUUGUAUAUAUCCAAGAAAGGGUGAUGUUUGGGCUAUCUAUAGGAACUGGUCUCCUGACUGGAAUGAAUUAACAACCAAUGAUGUAAUACACAAGUAUGAUAUGGUAGAAGUACUUGAUGACUACAACGAAGAACUAGGUGUCACGGUUACUCCCCUUGUUAAGGUUGCUGGUUUCAAGACAGUCUUUCACCGACAUCUCGAUCACAGAGAAAUCAGGAGGAUUCCUAGAGAAGAGAUGUUUUGUUUCUCUCAUCAAGUUCCUUCAUACUUGCUUACUGGUCAAGAAGCUCCCAAUGCUCCAAAGGGUUGCCGGGAGCUAGACCCAGCUGCUACACCAGUGGAACUACUUCAGGUAAUCAUGGAUGUUAAGGAUGAAGAGAUUCUGGAAACUGGUAAGACAAUUAAUGAAGAAAAUGUUGUGGGUGUCAAAAAGGCUAAUGAUGAAGGGAUGAUUAACUGUAAUAAAUCAAAGAAAGAGGACAGUGGUUCUAAAGCUGCUGAAGAAGAAGUUUUAGCCAAUGUUGGAGAUACUUAAGAAGAUGACUAUAUGAUGGAGCUAUUCUUUGAUAUGGACUGAUUAUAUGGACUGGCAGUAUAACUGUGUGGAAUGGAUGUCACGGAUUGGUCGUAGAAUGUUGUACUACGUGGGGCUUUUACCUUGCAAUGAUAAUACAAGUUGAUGAAAUUCAACAAACAAUUGAACACAGUUUUGGGGGCUUCCUGCGGUUCAUCGUGAAAGCUCAUUUUGGUGCUAGUUCUACUAAAUGGAACUUCUUCGGUUUUCGAAAGCAAAAAGCUACAGAUGCUGUUCGAUGCCAUUUCAUUCUUGAGACCCUUUUUCUCUAUCACAACUCAUCAACAUGCAGGCGGUCGGCACACCUACUAUUUCAAUUUUAGUGUUUUUCCUUUUACUCAGUUCUCUCACCUUUAGCCAUUUAACAGUCGUGGAUUCAUGGUUUUUCAUGCGUGGCCGUAGAGUUGUAUCGUUAGCUGAGAUUAGUA